CCGCGCGGCGCGCGCCGCGUCCCGGGGAGACCCAGCAGCGCAGCCGCUCGCGCUCCGGGCCGGCGAGAUGGAGCCGGCCGCCGCUGGGGAGGGCUCGUCCGCGGGCGGCCAGGAGGCUGGGACGCCGCAGCGCUGGGAGGAAGCCAAGACUUUCUAUGACAGCCUGACCCCGAGAAAGAAACCCAAACCGCCAAAGCCUGAGAAUGCAAUAACAAUCGCAGUCUCCUCGCGGGCUCUGUUUCGCAUGGAGGAAGAGCAGAAGAUUUACACAGAGCAAGGGGUGGAGGCGUAUGUGAAAUACCAGCUGGACCAUGAGAAUGAACCCUUCCUACCCGGCGCUGCCUUCCCAUUUGUCAAGGCUCUUGAAGCUGUCAACACUCAGUUGCGAGAGCUCUACCCCGACGGUGAAGAACUCUUUGAUAUUGUCCUCAUGACUAAUAACCAUGCCCAGGUCGGGGUCCGCCUGAUUAACAGCAUCAAUCAUCACGAUCUGUUCAUCGAGAGGUUCUGCAUGACGGGAGGGAACAGCCCCACUUGCUACCUGAAGGCCUAUCACACCAACCUGUACCUCUCCUCUGAUGCCGAGAAAGUGAGUGAGGCCAUUGAACAGGGAAUCGCCGCGGCCACCAUGUUCAGCCCCAGCAAAGACGUGAAAGUGUCAGAGAGCCAGCUGCGGGUGGCGUUCGACGGGGACGCCGUCCUCUUCUCGGACGAGUCGGAGCAGAUUGUGAAGGCGCACGGCCUCGACAUGUUUUUUGAACACGAAAAGGCUUAUGAGAACAAGCCGCUGGCCCAGGGGCCACUGAAGGGCUUUCUGGAAUCUCUGGGGAAGCUGCAGAAGAAGUUCUACUCCAAGGGGCUGAGACUGGAGUGUCCGAUUCGCACCUACCUGGUCACUGCCCGGAGCGCUGCCAGCUCUGGGGCUCGUGCCCUAAAGACUCUCCGCAGCUGGGGACUAGAAACGGACGAAGCCCUGUUCCUGGCCGGAGCCCCCAAGGGUCCGCUGCUGGAGAAGAUCCGUCCGCACAUCUUCUUCGACGACCAGAUGUUCCAGGUGGAGGGGGCGAAGGAGAGUGGCACCAUCGCGGCCCACGUCCCGUACGGCAUAGCCCAGAAGCAGAGGCGGAUGGCGCAAGAGAAACAAACCAAGAACAGCAAGUAGCCGUAGCUGGCGGUGGCAACUGUGACUGCAGGUGCUUGCUGACCAGGGCACCGCUCGUGGAUUGAUAUCCGGGUCUGAGCGUUUUUGAUUAGUAUUGAAGUUGCAGCUGCCUUGUCUGGGUGGGUUGAAGGAAAGGUUUCCUUUUGCCUUUUGUGUUGCACUUUAUUGACUGUCUCUGUCCCACCAGCCCCGCAUCACCACCCAUGCCCCAUGCAUAAAGGUCAGAAGGGUCAACCAAUGCCUGAACCCAACUCUGCUACCUUUGCGCCUGUGUCUCCGAAUCAGCCAUUGCUGACUUGCGCCCCAUCGGCUGUCGCCUCAUCUCCGCACCCGCCUCUCUGCCCUCGUGCCUAAGCCGGCCCCAGCCAUUCUGAUCCUACUAUGCCUCCCCUGUGUUUCAGGGGCCCAUAGAAACCCAGAGGAGCUCACGCUUAAGUUCUGCAUCAGAUGUUGACCACAAAGCUUGGAGAACUUAAACCGAAACCCAGCCAGACUCGAGAAGCCUACAGGAGGGGGGACCUUGCGUUGGACAGGAUCUGUGAGAACAGGGCUCUCCUUCUGGGGAACUCAUAUGCCAUCCCAAUUUAAACUUUUGGUGCUCAUUAAAAAAAACAAACCGGGAAAUUCCCAAUCCAAGAACUUUGAUAUAUUAAAAAAAAAAAAAAAAAAAAGUCAAGGCUGACAAUGUUUCAAUGGAAUCCAGCUUACGCGCAGAAACAACGUUACAAUAUUGUUACAAACCAUUUACAGGUUUAAACAUUAAACGGUCUGGAAAUGAGGUUAAAAGAUGCAGCCAAUUUCCCACCACUGUUGCUGCACCCACCCAAACUUAAGUUUGUCUGUGAACGUUUGGGGAAAUAGAAAGACUGGUCAACGCUAGAUAAGAAAAUCUCAAGCCCUAUUUCCUAGUCAGUGUUUUGGGCCAAUAUGUUAUGGCCCAAAUUCGGGUGCUACUGUUAGAUACCUAAAUCCAUAAGGUUGCAGAGGGGUAGCUGUGUUAGUCUGUAUCAGCAAAAACAACGAAGAGUCCUUGUGGCACCUUAGAGACUAACAAAUUUAUUUGGGCCUAAGCUUCCGUGGGCUAAAACCCACUUCAUCAGAUAGGGAGGUAUAAAUACACAGCACAUGAAUAUACACAUGUACAUGUGCUGUGUAUUUAUACCUCCCUACUGUAUUUUCCACUCCAUGCAUCUGAUGAAGUGGGUUUUAGCCCACGGAAGCUUAGGCCCAAAUAAAUUUUAGUCUCUAAGGUGCCACAAGGACUCCUUGUUGUUUUUGCUAAACGCAUAAGUAACGCCUGGAAAAAAGGCAUCUCAAGUUGAGCAUCUGAAAAUUGAGCCACACAAAGUCAGAAGCCACUUUUCAAAAUGUGGCUUCCCGGCCUCUGGACCUAGGCUGGGCAUUUGUGUAAGAUGAAAGACAGUCCUAACCUAUGGGGGGGAGACACAUUUUCUCGAAAUCGACAAUUACAUCAGCUGGGAAUUUGAGCCUGAGUGUUUCGUUAGCCAUAGCAAAAUUCAAGUUUCAUUCAACCUGAGGUUACUGGGCAAUUGAUAACCCUGCUCCUGGCACUUUCCUAAGACCUGUGGUGACUCCUGCAAUUGAAAGCUGCUGCUAACACAAUGGGAAAGAAUUAAAUCCCCAAUUCAGAAAGGAAUCUGAGAGCUGUUCUGAAGCCGUGUAUGGAAUUCAUUCAACGACAUUCUUACUUGAAGGUGCAGCCUGGAGGAACAAUAGAAGGUUAAAUAUCAUUUUAAAAAAUACUCCUUCCCCGUUGGUGUGUUCUAGGUAGCACACGCAGCAAUGCCCAUGGUUAAGAUUGCCUGGCGCUUACCGUUAUAAGACCACGUUUUCAAUUGCUUAGAACUUAGACCGUUUCAUUUGGGCUGAAAUUUUCCACAUGAAGUGGCUGCCUCUGGCUGACUUUUUUUUUUGCACAUUUUCAGUUACAAUGGUUUGGCCAUUUCCAAGGAUGAGGGUUCUUAUAUAGCAACUGAAAUAAUAUUAACAAUCAACCGCAGGCUUCGCCGCCAAUCCUGUAUGUUUGUUCCGUGCACUAAAUCCUGCUUGGACAAUGAAAGCACUGGUAAGUUUUAGCUUGUUUCUCUGGUCAGUUUCCCGUUGAGAUCCACUCUGCUGCCCUGCUGGGGUUGCAGACACCUCGGGGAAGAUUUUAAAUCCAAACCAACAAGCUUUCAAGAAAUGAAAUAUCACAAAACCAUUUCUAUUAAUAUUCAGUUUUAUCAAAAGUAGGAGGCGGUUGGGGACGAAACUGUCUGACAGGGACCCUUCCAACCAGCCUGUCGGGAUACGUGCAGGGCUUUCAUGUGAACAUCCAAGGUGCUUCCUGUAGAUUGGCAUUGACUGGCAUCUGUGGAAGUUCUGCCAAGUGCAAGCAGUCCAAGUCAGAUCGUCGCCCAAGUCUAGAAGGUGACCUUGCAACAGGAACUACUAGUUGUAAUGAAGACCAGAACAGUCAGCUAACACUUAUGAAAUUGUAUUUCUCUGGGUCUGGGACUUGUUGAAAUAUUGGCAUGGGGACAGGGGGAGUGUGUGAGUGAGCAUAGCCAUCUGCAUAAGUGUGUAUAUGGGAGAGUGAUUGAUUGUAACGGGUGGUCUUGAGAGUGUGUGUUUGAAAGAGAGAUUGUACAUAGAUGCGUGUGAGUGUGUGUGUGAGAGAGAGAUUGUACAUGGAUGCAGGUAUCUGAUUGUGCGUGUGCGCGAUAGUGUUACUUGCGGGGGGGGUGAGUGAGUGAGAGAGAUUAUUUAAAACCAGCACUCUGGGGUCGAGAGAGCUUGCCGCUCUCAAAAGAAACCCCAGGUGCCGGGGUUCGACCUGCUUGGCAAGCAGAGCUCGGGUCUAAGGUGCCUCUAGCUCUGGAGGGAAGCACGCGGCCGUCAGAGUGCUGCGUGACUUGCAUUUUAACUUUGUUUCCAACGCUUAAGACAAACAAAAGAGAGAGAGAAAUGCAGAGGGCCGGGAACAAGUGUAUUGGGCAACUCCUGCGUUGCCUCUUCUCAUUCACUGCCAGCACGAGGCAAGUAGACCCAGAACUCGCUUCCCUGCUUGUACUGGGGGGAGGCCCCAGGGGACUCCCCCCAGAAUACAGGACUCCGAGAAAUGAGGAUUCCCCACUGUAGUGCGUGGAUCCUGCCUGCAUUGAAUGGGUUUAUUGCCCUACUCAUGUUUGACAGCCGCCAUUCAGGUUUAUCCAUUCUGCUUUCUGUGGCGCACCAUCGUUGGCUGAAUUGGAUUUCGCUGCUUUUGUGGCUUGCUUGCUUGUGUCCAUCUGUCAUCUCCUGGUUCGGGAUGGAUUUUCUGUCCUGCCAGCAGCCCCCUUGAAAUGACUCUUAGCUCAUCGCACACUUGGAUGGCUUGGUGGCGUUCCUUGCAUCGAACCAGCGGCUACUGGGCCCUCCUGGCUGUUGUUGUGUUGUGUGGGUUUCACUCCUGUGUCCUCUGAUGGUUUUAUCUGUGAAUGAACUGGUGUAGCAAGGGAAAUUCCUAUGCGUGUUUGUCUGUAAUAAAGUACAGCUGGUCCUA